AAUGUUACAAGGUAAAAGGAGGCCUGCAGCAAGCAUGAAUCGGCUGGGCUGCUGGCCCGCAAGGAGCCUGCCAAGGCCAGGCAGGGGCAGUGGGCAGAGGAGUCUUGGACUUGGGGGCCACCCUUCAGGUCCCAGGCAUCCAGGCACCCCAGCAGCGAAGAGGACAUGGGAGUCCCCUGGUGUGAGGGCCAGAGACUCUCCACUGUCUGUAAGUCUUCUAAGUAGAUGUCAGGGUUCUGGGAGGAGGCCUGCAGGGGGCUGGGGGCCCAGGGGAAGCCCCUCAGACUCCCUCCCACAAGUGGACUCUGCUAUCUGUUUCCUGCUGGGCUGGCCUACACUCAGGCCGCGGGCUGUGGAGAGCUGGGCCGUGGCACAGGGCGUGGAGACGACCUUUUUGGCCUGGCCCCAGGCCUUUCCUUCACAUUGUGAGGCAUGGAUUCUUGCCUCCUCUUUUUCCCCACCCCAAGUCUGUGCCACAUCUGCUCUGGGAAGAUGUGGUCUGUGCUUGGCCAUGAAUUCCCAAGGCUUGAAGCAGCAAGGGCUUUGAGGGAGAGGACUGUGAGGCAGAAGCAGAGAAGCAGAAAUAAGCCUCCGGCCAAGGUCAGGUUGAGCAGGAGAGCCUUGGGUUCUUUGUGGGACAGCACAGAGCUGGGGGUCAGGCGAGCUGUGCCCAGCAAGUAGGCAGUGGCUGGAUGUGACAAAGACCCAGAGGAGAAACACAGCAGGAGGGGAGAGGGUCUGGAAGCUGGGGAAAGCAGGAUGGUCGGGAAGGCCUGGCCCCUCACCCAUUCCCAGGGAACAGGGCCUUGGGCCCCAGAAGGGCACAGGCGGGAGGCAGCCGACCCCUGGUGGCAGCGGCAGCAGGCACAGGAGGGCAGAAUGCAGCUGGGGUGUGCGUGGGUGGCAGCAAGGAGGGGCGGAGGGAGGAAGCUGGCUUCCUGGAGCCUUCUCAGCCCUCAAAGACAGACCGACAGACAGACAGACAGCUGGCAAGAGGCAGCCUGGGGGCCACAGCUGCUUCAGCAGACCUCAUGGCUGAAUGAGCCUCCCCUGGGCCUAGCACCCCACCCCAGCAUGGUCCAGGCCUGUUGGGGGCGCUCCAGAGCACAGCCGCUGACCUUGUCUUUGGGGGCAGCCAUGACCCAGCCUCCGCCUGCCAAAACGCCAGCCAAGAAGCAUGUACGGCUCCAGGAGAGGCGGGGCUCCAAUGUGGCUCUGAUGUUGGACGUUCGGUCGCUGGGGGCCGUAGAACCCAUCUGCUCCGUGAACACACCCCGGGAGGUCACCCUACAUUUCCUGCGCACUGCUGGACACCCUCUUACCCGCUGGGCCCUUCAGCACCAGCCACCCAGCCCCAAGCAGCUGGAAGAAGAAUUCUUGAUCCCUUCAAACUUUGUCAGCCCCGAAGACCUGGACAUCCCUGGCCACGCCUCCAAGGACCGAUACAAGACCAUCUUGCCAAAUCCCCAGAGCCGUGUCUGUCUAGGCCGGGCACAGAGCCAGGAGGACGGAGAUUACAUCAAUGCCAACUACAUCCGAGGCUAUGAUGGGAAGGAGAAGGUCUACAUUGCCACCCAGGGCCCCAUGCCCAACACUGUGUCGGACUUCUGGGAGAUGGUGUGGCAAGAGGAAGUGUCCCUCAUUGUCAUGCUCACUCAGCUCCGAGAGGGCAAGGAGAAAUGUGUCCACUACUGGCCCACAGAAGAGGAAACCUAUGGACCCUUCCAGAUUCGCAUCCAGGACAUGAAAGAGUGCCCAGAAUACACUGUGCGGCAGCUCACCAUCCAGUACCGGGAAGAGUGCCGGUCAGUAAAGCACAUCCUCUUCUCAGCCUGGCCCGACCACCAGACACCAGAAUCAGCUGGGCCCCUGCUGCGCCUAGUGGCAGAGGUGGAGGAGAGCCCGGAGACAGCUGCCCGCCCCGGGCCCAUUGUAGUCCACUGCAGUGCAGGGAUUGGCCGGACAGGCUGCUUCAUCGCCACGCGAAUUGGCUGUCAACAGCUGAAGGCCCGAGGGGAAGUGGACAUUCUGGGCAUUGUGUGCCAACUGCGGCUAGACAGAGGGGGGAUGAUCCAGACGGCAGAGCAGUACCAGUUCCUGCACCACACUUUGGCCCUGUAUGCAGGCCAGCUUCCAGAGGAACCCAGCCCCUGACCCCUGCCACCCUCCAACAGCCCAGGCACCCACCUCCCUCAAGCCUGGGAAGGUGGGUCUGGGGAAAGUGGGCCGAGUGAUCUGGGGGUACCCCUUGGGUGGGUGUGCUCCUUAGUGGUGCUUGCAGUCACAGGAAGCAGCAUCAGUAAGGACAAGGGGCUGGACUCCAGGUCUUCACCACUGGCCACUCCUCUGCUUCCUCUGUUGGCCCCAGAUGGACGUAAGGGGAACCUCCAAUGUCUCUCUGAACUUAAAGACAGGAGCUGGCAAUUUAUGACAGACAAAGAAAGAAGCCCAGGUGUCCUGGUCUUCUCUAAGACCCUCUUUGUGAGCUUCAGUUUCCUCUUCUAUAACGUGAACAUUAAGUGCUUAGCUGCCAUGAGGGAAAAGCAAUGAGAGAAGUUUCUAGAAGCCACUCCAGUCACUCCUUCCUGGGGCUGACAAAAGGGUGAUUCCAAGACCAUCCUUCACCCGAGGCCCUGCCCAAGCACAGGCCAGAUGCAAGAAUGGGGAAAAGUCUGGUCCUGAUCUCCAAGUCUCAACAUCUUAGCAGUGACUCUGCUCCCUGACCAGACAUCGGAAGGGCUGGACAACUCCAAUCCAAAGAAAGAACAAGGACUCUGGUUACCCUCGCCUCCACUUAUGUGUCCUAAGAGUAGGCUACAGAGGUGACCGGGCCUGGCAGUUGAAAUCUCAGGAAGAGGGAACAUGUGGGGACUACUCAGAGGCAAAGAGGGGCUGCUCCUGCCUCCAUGGUUGCUGGCCACUCCCACCAACUACUGUUAGGGAGGCUGAGCAGUCUCUGUUUUGCUUCCAUGGCUUAAAUAAUACCCUGGGUAUGCAGGAAGACAAAAGAAAGAGGCAAGGGGAGAAGAGGAGGCAAAGUGCUCAGUCUGAUUUUAGAUAACCAACCCCGCCAUGACCCUCUAUACUCCGCAUUUGCUGAGUACACCUAGAGAGCUUGGCUGUUUCCAAAAACAAUCAGGGUCAUAACCAUCCAUGCAGACAUGGAGGCUCGGCUGAAACUGGACUCCUCACUGUCUACCCCAGAGAACGAGCGCCCCUCAUCCAUCUCAGCAUCAACACAAUUUCCAGGGGACCUCAGGUCUAACUAAGGACUGAACGCCACACCUCAGGAUUCGUCCUUCUUGAAUCUGAGACAGGCUGCCUAUUCUGAGAUGGGGAUGAAGGUAAGAUGCCGCAUCACCGGGCAUGCUGCCCCUGAGAGCUGCCUUGAUACCAGUUCUCUGUGGAAACCCCCGAGGAGCUGGAUCUGGAGAACAGCUGGGCCUCCUCACUCAGGACUUCUCUCCUAAAGAACACGCAGUGCUAAAACUGAGGAUGAUUUCCCUAAUGCUUCUGCUUGGCCUUGUGGAGGAGCUGCUCCUUCCUUACAGCCCUGGGGAUGGACUUGCCCACACCUCCACCUCCCCUGAGCCCUGUGAGAGGCACAACUGUCUAUGCCAAUGAGGCUCGGUGGGGGGCUCUCAAGUGCCUGAUCCUGCCCUGGGCUCAGAGCCAGCCCAGAGGGAAGCAACUGCACAGCCCCACAGGCCUUCCCUGGCACUGCCCCCCCAACCCCAUCUCAGAGCUCAGAGGGCACAAGCUCCAAAACAGUAACCAAGUGGGAAAAUAAAGACUUCUUGGAUGACUGACUCA